AUGGCCGUGACCGCGUGGACGGCCCAGCAGCUCACGGGCCUCGGCGUCGACAGCGUCUUCGCGCCGUACGUCCUCGGCAUGCUGCGCCUCGAUGGCGCCGACGCCGACGAGGAAGACGAGAAGCGCGCCGAGGUGCUCGAGCUCCUCAUGGGCUGGCUCGACGACUCGCAGCAGGGCGCCGCCGAGACCUUUGUCGACGAGCUCCUUCUGUACGUCAAGGACCCGCACCAGCUGGCGCUACUUGACGCCGAAGACGCCUCGACCGCGUCGCCGCAGUUGAAUGCAACGGCGUCGGCCUACGUGCCGUGGGGCGCGGAGCCCACAUUGUCGCUCGAGCCCGAGUUCGAGGACGUGGUGGCGCCGGACGACGGCGGGGCCGAGGUCGACAUGGACGACGAAGACGCGUUCUACUGGUCGAUCGCGUACGAGCUCGUCGAGCAACUCCUCUCGGUGUUUCCAGCCAUGGACCCCGAGCGGCUCCUCGAUCUGCUCAAGGAGGUCGAGCUCGACGUGCACCGCGCGCAGGGCGUCAUGCAAGCCAUUGUGGACUCGGAGGCGCAAAAGCAAAAUGCCCAAGUGUGUCGCCACUACCUGCAAGGCGAGUGCCGCCGCGCCGACUGCUGGUUUCUGCACGACACGCACCUGAUUACGUGCCGCUACUGGAUUCGCGGCGGCUGCCUCCAAGGCGACGAGUGUGCGUUUGCGCACUCGUUUGAGAUGGCGAUCGUCGAGUACGGUGCGCGCCAGGAGCAGCCGCAAGAGAGCGACGAGGAAGACGACUGGAUCGACACGCGCGACAACUUGGAGCCGACCAACUUUCCGUCUCUGACGAGCACCAAGACGCCGUCCGCGUCCGCCGAUGGGCUGUCGCUGGACUUUGCGCGCGCCCUCUCGAUGAAGCCGGACGCCGCGUUCCCAUCGGCAUCGUCGUCGACCUCGAGCAGCCGCCACACGCCGCUGUUCACCCGGUCGCUCUCGCAGCCCGUGGCGGCGCGCUGGGUCGACACGGGGUACCAAGUGUCGGCGCAGUACAAGCAGGCGCGGGAGCGUGCGCGGGACUUGGCGCUGGCGCGCAACCAGUGCUUUAUGAAUGCGACGCACGCCUACCGCCAGGGCAACAAGAGCCUUGCCAAGGACCUCUCGCGCCAAGGGCAGAUGUACAAUGCGCAGAUGAAAGACGCGCACUACGAAGCUGCGAGCCUUAUCUUUGAGGCGCGCAACCCGAGCUACGAGCGCGACGGGCUCCUCGACCUGCACGGGCUGCACGUGGCCGAGGCGCUCGAGCUCCUCGCGCAACUGCUGCCGGCGGUGACGGCCGAGACGAUCUGCAUCGUGACGGGGUCGGGCCACCACUCGCACCACGUGCGUCUCAAGCCGGCCGUCGAGCGAUUUCUCGCUGCCGAAGGCUACAACUUUGCGCAGGUGCCGGACCGGAAAGGCUACGUCGGGAUGCUUCAGGUGUCGUUAGCAUGGUAA